AUGGCGAUGGCGAUGGCGAUGGCGGGCGGCGGAUGGCGGGCGUGGGCGGAGCGGCACAAGCCGUGCGUGGCGAUGGUGCUGGUGCAGCUCUUCUACUCGCUGGUGGACAUGGCGCUCAAGACGGCCUACGGGCUGGGCAUGCGCCCCAUCGUCUUCGUCGCCUACCGCCAGGGCAUCGCCGCCGCCGCGCUCCUCCUCGCCUCGCUCGCCGCCAGGGGGCUCACGCUGCGCCCCAUGGCCGUCGGCUCCCGGGCCUUCGCCCUCCUCUUCCUCGCCUCCCUCGCCAGGUACGGCUCGAUUCCGGCACCUUGCGCUGAUACGAUACAUGUCGAUCGAUGUUGCAGCGCGACCGGGCAGUACUUCUACUUCAUGGGGCUGCAGCUGGCGUCGCCGUCCAUGGCCCGGGCCACCACCAACCUCGCCCCCGGCAUCACCUUCGCCAUCGCCGCCGUCAUCGGGCUGGAGAAGGUGGACUUGAGGAGCUCAAGAAGCAUCGCCAAGAUCGUCGGCACCGUCGUCUGCCUCGCCGGAGCGAUGCUCAUGGCGUUCUUCAAGGGCCCAAAGCUUCUCGGCGCCCUGCUCCUGCCGGCGACCGAUGACUGGGUGCGAGGCGGCAUCUACCUCAUGGGGAACGCCUUCUGUUUCUCCAUCUGGUACAUCUUGCAGGUACCGGUCUGUAAAUCCUACCUUGAUCCGCUGUCCUUGGCAACCUGGAUGUGCUUCCUAGCGACCUUGCAAUGCGCGGUGAUGGCCUUCUUCCUAGAAGCGAACUACAUGGAGAUCUGGAAGCUUGCUUCUAUCUGGGAGCUCCCCUGCAUCUUAUACGGAGGCGUUUUCGCAUCGGGCGCAAACUUUUUUAUGCAAUCUUGGUGCAUAUCAGUGAAAGGCCCCCUUUACAGCGCAAUUUUUACACCGCUGAGCGCGGUCAUCACAACAAUAUUGUCCACGCUCGUCCUUCACGAGGAACUGCAUAUUGGGAGCGUGUUAGGUGCUAUUGUAAUCAUCCUAGGCCUGUAUGUUGUGCUGUGGGGUAAAGCUGAUGAUGCAAGCGGUGAGGGGCUGGCCAUCCGCUCUGGUGAUUCUGAAAGCAUUUUAGAGCAAGAUUGUAUGGGUGUAAAAGUAGAAAGUGGGACCAAUCUUUCAGAACCAUUGUUGUUAUCUGAAAACGCGGAUGCUGAUGCUUCGAGAUGCCAAUGA